UUCCGGAGCGAGGUGACGUCCGGGGCGUUCCUUCCUUCGUAAAUAACCGGCGCAGGCUGGCGGCUCGAGGGCGGUGGGCAGUGACAACUGCUAGGCGGAGACGGUUGAAUGAAGAAAGAUCUAAGAAACGAGCAGGACUGGCGGGAGACUGUUAACUGAAAGGAAGCUGCCCCACUACUGCAACCAAACCAGAUGCCUUCUUUCACUUCACCAGAUCAAAGAGAUGACCUGGAGGCCUGUGUUUUAAGAUUUUCAGACCUAGAUUUAAAAGACACAAGUCUUAUCAAUCCCAGUAGCAGUCUCAAAACAGAAUUAGAUGUUAGUACAAAGAAGAAAUACUCAUUUGCAAAGAAAAAGGCAUUUGCCCUUUUUGUCAAAACCAAAGAAGUUCCAGCACCUCCUUUUGAAUGUAAAGAAAAAUGGUGGAAAUGCUGUCGGCAACUAUUCACAGACCAGAUCAGCAUCCAUAGACAUGUGGCAAUACAACAUGCUGAUGAAAUUUGCCACCAGACUGCUUCUAUUUUAAAGCAGCUGGCUGUGACAUUGAGCACCUCAAAGAGUCUUAAGUCUGCAGACAAAAGGAACCCUUUAAAAGAGUGCCUUACUUGUAACCAUGAAGUGUCUGCUUGGCUCCCUGAUCUAAGCUGCUUUAGCCCUGAUGAGCUGAUAAGUGGCCAGGGCAGUGAUGAAGGGGAGGUGCUACUUUACUACAGCUACUGUGACUUGGAAGAUCCCCACUGGAUCUGUGCCUGGCAGACAGCUCUGUGUCAGCACCUGCACCUCACAGGCAAGGUUCGAAUUGCUACAGAAGGAAUCAAUGGGACGGUUGGUGGAAGCAAAUUGGCCACCAGACUCUACGUGGAAGCCAUGCUUUCUUACCCAUUGUUUAAGGAGUAUAUGUGUAAAGAUGAUUUUAAGACCAGCAAAGGAGGAGCUUGCUGUUUUCCAGAAUUGCGUGUUGGUGUAUUUGAAGAAAUUGUGCCCAUGGGGAUCAAUCCCAAUAAAAUCUCUUACAGGAAUACUGGAGUCCAUUUAUCCCCAGGUGAAUUUCAUAAAGAAGUUGAAAAAUAUUUGUCUCAGGCAAAUAAAGAUCAAAGUGAUACUAUCCUACUGGACUGCAGAAACUUCUAUGAAAGCAAAAUAGGACGAUUCCAGGGCUGCCUAGCCCCAGACAUCAGGAAAUUCAGUUACUUCCCCAGCUAUGUUGACAAGAAUUUAGAACUUUUCAGAAAGAAGAGGGUGCUGAUGUAUUGUACUGGAGGCAUCCGCUGUGAGCGGGCCUCAGCUUACCUGAAAGCCCAGGGAGUGUGCAAGGAAGUGUUCCAGCUCAAGGGUGGCAUCCACAAGUACCUGGAAGAGUUUCCUGAUGGUUUUUACAAAGGGAAGUUGUUUGUUUUUGAUGAGCGUUAUGCCUUGUCCUACAACAGUGAAAUCGUGUCAGAAUGUUCAUACUGUGGAGCCCCGUGGGACCAGUAUAAACUCUGCUCGACUCCCCAGUGCCGCCAGCUUGUCUUGACCUGCCUCACCUGCCAAGGACGAGGGUUCACAGCCUGUUGUGUCACAUGUCAGGACAAAAGGUGCAGGCCGGCCUCAAGCCCUACCCAGAGCAGCUUUAAAGAGGAAUGUGAGUGUACAGCCCGACGGCCGCGCAUACCCAGGGAACUUGCACAGCCAGCGCAGCUCCCCGCAGGCCCAGAGGUAAAGCCUGACGCUGAAGAUGGGCCACGCUACGAGAGCAGCACUGCCAGCAUUCCCCCAAGCCUUCACAGAGCUAGGUUUGGGGUGACCAUGUUGUAGAGAAUAUCAAGGCUACAGCAGCAGAGAAACAGGGAACUUUAGUCUGGUCAAUGCCACCAUGGCAAACUGGUCGCCAUAUCAGCCACCUGUACUUCACAAGGGGAGGGAAGAGGGAACUGGAUGCUGACUACUUAUCUGAGACAUUCUGUUCCGGAAGGUGCUAGAGCACAGAAAAAGGUGAUCUGUGAGGCACCCCAGAGAUGCUGAGGGAUGGAACCGAGAGCCUGGUGACUAGGUCAUGCCCUUUUCUGUGCCAUGCAGCAGGUCUGGGAGUGGUCAUUUUUCUUGUCAACACACCUGUCCAUCCUGCUGGCAGAAGUGUGCAAGUGAUGGCCCUGGAAGUGGACUCCUUGGAGCCAGGCCACUUCACCCCUAUCCUCAUCUCUCUGUUGCCAGCACUAGAUCAGGAUCUGCCAACUAUGACAGUGGGCUUACCUCCUGCUUUUGUAAAUAAAGUUUUAUUGGAAUAGCCACCACAUUCAUUUACCUAUUAUCUCUGCCAGAAUAAAGUAGUACAAAAGAGACCUAAAGGCCUGCAAAGCCUUAAUAUUUACUAUCUGGCCCUUUACAGAAAAAAUUUGCCACCCCCUGGUUUGAACUAACAGCUCAUCUGAUGGAGCUGAUGAUGGUCAUAAAGAUAUGGCCCACUUUUACUUUUUAUUGAUUUGGUUUCUGUGAGAGAUUUACCCCUAAUAGUCUCUGCUUUCCCCCAAUACCCACACUCCUAGCCUUUAGGUAUUCUCUUAAGAGAGAUUAAAAUUAGCUCAAUGACACUGACAUUUGGGCAGUUUUUAGGGGCAUGCCCCGGGAUGUAAGACACAUUCUGAGUGAGGUCAUUUAGCACCACUCUGGUGGUUUCCCAGCCUUCUGGCCAACGUGUCACGCCAAUGUCCCUGUCACACAGGUCCCAAGAAACACAUACCCAGCCAUUCAUAGACCAACAGAUUUAAUAUUAUAUUGCAGUUUCCAGUGAUGCAGAAUACAGCUGCAAUUGUGUUUCAAGGAAAGCCGAGUGGGGAUGACCAUUCCUGCAGCCUAGCACCACAACUGGGCCCAUCUGCAGCCUCAGUAGACACCCCUCCAUAGUGGUGCGGCCCUGGCUUCGCCUCGGUUACCCUGUGCUGUCCGCAUCAUUGCAGUUCAGUGUGCCGGGCUUUUCAUCAGAAGCCUCUGCGCAGUGCUCUGCAGCUUGUUAGUCUGUGCUCAUCAGCUCUUUGGCCUGUUUUGUAUCAUAAGAGUUGCUCAAUCAUUCAUGAAAAUAACUCCUCAAGCAACCAGAAAUACUAGUUUAACUGGCACUGUGGUAUACUAAAAGGCACAAGGGCAUUGUGGCUUAACGUUUUUGCUGGAUCCCAAGAGAUGCAUGUGUUGUUAAAAAGGGACCUGGCAGAAACACCAAAAUUACAUUUUCAGAAUAACCAUCUUGGGAUGGUUUGGCCAGGGUUUCCUAGUUCUUUAAUAUCUGGAUUUUCUUCACCAUUGGCCUUCAGAGGCUUAAUUUACAGGCAUGAGAUCAGCAGUGACUUGUCUGAUACAUGGUACAACAGGUAGUUGAAGCCCAUAAAGCAUAACCACGGCAGACUGGAAGUUUCUCGAGCAUUUGACCUCAUGUCAAUUGGCCCAUUGUGCAUUACAGAAAGGUGUUUUCAGGUGUUUGGCUGUAGGUUUUCAGACCCAUCAUGAGGUUGGCAUUUGAUAAGGAAAAAAUUCUUUCUGACUCCAGUAUUAAAUUAUAAAUAAAUCCCAGAUGUUCAUAAGGAACACUCAGGUAAAUGUUUGCUGCCUGGGAUUGGUAAAGAAGGGAUGGUUUUUGAGACUUGAAGUUUCACCAUUGGCUUUCUCUAUCAUUUCCUCAUAUCCAGCAAAAGGAAUCUCAUAUUCCUUGAUUCCUGGCAGAGCUUUGUGGCUUCAGUCUUUCAGUCUUUCUUGAAGGGCAAGAUUGUGUUCUUGAUCCAGUAAUCAAUUUGGCAACUUUAAUCUUGAGGUUCUUACAAUUUAAAGGAGUUAAUAAAGAAUGAUGAUCUGUUCUGUUUGCUUAAUAGCUAAAAUCAAAUUUGUAAUAAAGUGUUUUAUAAUGCUUCUAAA